GCAGCAAUCCGCCUUAGACCAUCUUCACUUCACCAAGCAAUAGAUAGCAGAGAGAUCUGAUCGACAUGGCUCCCAGCAGAGAGGCGUGCGCGGUCGCCAUGGCCAUGGCGGCGCCUUUCCUGGCGAUGGCGAGAAACGUCGGCAGCACUACCCCCACGGCCACAUGCAACGGCGAGAAGCGGCGCCGGACCUCGUCCGACGCCCUCCAGCGCACCGUGUCCGACGUCUCCUACGAGCUCCACCACCACCAGCACGGCGCCAAGGAUCAGAAGACAGCGAAGGAGGCCGAGGAGCCGCAGCAGCAGCAGCUGCACCCCGUCCCCGAGGUGGAGGACGCCAAGUGCGAGUGCUGCGGCAUGUCGGAGGAGUGCACGCCCGAGUACAUCCGCGGCGUGCGCCGCCGGUUCGCCGGGCGCUGGGUCUGCGGCCUGUGCGCGGAGGCCGUGCGCGAGGAGGCUGAGAAGAGAGGCGGCACGCUGGAGGAGGCGCUCAGGGCGCACAUGGGCGUGUGCAAGCGGUUCAACGGCUUCGGCCGGACGUACCCGGUGCUGCACCAGGCGGAGGCCAUGCGCGAGAUCCUCCGGCGGCGGGCCAAGCUCGGGCCCAGGUCCAGGUCCAGCAUCAACCCCAGGGAGGUCAGGGAGGUCGCCGCGGCGAAGGCCGCCGCGGCCUGCCCCAGCAUCGCCCGCAGCUCCAGCUGCAUGCCCUUCAUCACCGACGAGUUCAACGACCGGGUUUCCAUCAACAAGAACUGAUUCGGUUGGUCGAUGGUUAGUUUUGAGCAUGACAGCAAGCAUCUGUUUCUCUACGUUUGAGUAGUUUGCUUGAUGCUUCAUUAGCCUUCCUUUUUAGGCUGGAGGGUGCACGCAUGUUUACAUGCCAUAGCGGCUGUUUUUUUGCUGCACUUCUAGCUUAGAGCUAGAACAUGGAGCAGUGCUGUAUUAGUCUAGUCAUGCUUAGUCUGGUUUGUUCAUGCAACCUCGGCUGCAUGGAGACUAUGGAGGGUACGUGUUUCAGGGUGCAUGCAGUUCCAGCUGACUUGUCAGUGGAUGGACACCCUAUGGUAGCGUCUACUUGUUUUUGGAUGGGGACACUUGGCACUCUUGUGGUGUAUCCGGGAGCGUUGAGAUGAGCUCUGUCUUUGGUCAAUUCCAGCCCCAAUUUUAUUGGGCAUGAUCUGAUGUAACGAAGGAUAGUAGUCCUGACCUUCAAAUCUAUAAAUAAAUGUAAUGAUGUGUGGAUGUUGGUGCUUAA